CACACCUCCCGCUCUGACAGCUAGGUUGAAACCCAAGUAGACGCUCCGGCAGGCAGGGAGGCUGAGGUGGAUUUUUCCACUACAACACACGAGUCAGUCAGCCAUUCAGUUGUUUGAGGUGUUGCAGCUUUGUUACCGUUCGUCAUUUUAUCGUACAUACUUCUGGGGAAAAUCUAAAUUUAGACUCGGAGGAUUGAGAGAGGAAUCUACAUAGCUAGAUAGAUACUUAGCGAGCUAACCUCCGGCUAGUUUCUGCCCACUGUAAUUAACUGUUAGCUGGUACAUUCAUUUUUAAAAAAGAAUUUGAAAUUGAAGACGUUCAGGCUGCCAACGUGUGAAGACUGUUUUGGGAACAAUGAUGGACUUCGUUGCUGGCUGCAUGGGAGGGCAGGAUGGCUUUGGAUGAUGGACAAUGAUUAAUGCCCAAAUUGUUUGUGACUGGAGCAUCUUUGGAAAGCAUGUACAGAGCCUUGCCCUAACUUCAGCGUAAUGCCAAUAGCGAUGCGUAAAGUUCGCAGGCUAUGGAAAUACUGCUGAUUAAUAAUUAUCCUUCCUCUGACGCUGCAUGGUCACAGCAGGGAGUGAAGUGAACAGCUGACAUGUCUAUGGAGCCCCCUAAGAAGAAAAGGUAAGCUCCUUCGCUGUGUUGUUGCGGCAGGAACAGGAAUGGGCAGAAGGCUCUGCUGCUCAACCCCCAGGAAUGGGAAGUGUGAGCGCUUUAACAGUGUUGGAAGAAUUUGGAGGUGCCGCUGGGGUUCUAGUAGGACAUCCUUUUGACACUGUAAAGGUCAGGCUUCAAGUCCAAAAUGUGCACAAGCCUCUGUACAGGGGAACCUUUCACUGUUUCCAGUCCAUCAUACGGCAGGAAUCAAUUUUUGGUCUGUACAAAGGCAUUGGUUCUCCUAUGAUGGGCCUGACUUUUAUCAACGCCAUUGUCUUCGGUGUUCAAGGCAACACCAUGCGUCUGCUGGGACAAGACACUCCCACAAACCAAUUCCUAGCAGGAGCAGCUGCGGGAGCCAUCCAGUGUGUUAUUUGUUGUCCGAUGGAACUGGCCAAGACACGCAUGCAGAUGCAAGGUACUGGUGAAAAGAAGAAGUCCACUCGCAAGGUGUACAAAAAUUCGUUGGACUGCCUGGCCCGGAUAUACCAGCGUGAGGGUGUGCGGGGCGUCAACAGGGGCAUGGUGACCACCCUCAUCCGCGAGACGCCUGCCUUCGGAGUGUACUUCCUGGUCUACGAUGUGCUAACACGCUCACUAGGCUGUGAGCCUGAUGACUCGUACAUGAUCCCUAAACUGAUGUUUGCUGGUGGUAUGUCAGGCAUUGCCUCGUGGCUUUCUACAUAUCCUGCGGAUGUGAUUAAGUCUCGGCUACAGGCAGAUGGUGUUGGAGGCAAGUUCCAGUAUAGUGGCAUCAUGGAUUGCACACGCAAGAGCUUAGAGCAAGAGGGAUGGCGUGUGUUUACGAGAGGCCUCACAUCCACUCUUCUCCGUGCUUUUCCAGUCAACGCAGCUACUUUUGCAACCGUAACACUCUUCCUCAUGUACGUACGGCGAGAGGAAGCGCCCAAAGAUUGCGAAGCCGACUCGCAGCACCAUGCUGCAUUACAACAGCAAGCACAGCCUACCAGCUUGUAAUGGCCUCCGUUUUCAGUGUGUAUGCCAUGGCUGAUCAUACACACUGAAAACGGAGCCCUCUGUUGGUAGAUUAUCCCACCCAGUCUGGAAACCUGUAGAAAUAAUUAAUGCAGCAUGAAACUGCAUUUGCAUAUAUAUAUUUUUUUAUUUUACGGUGUGAAGUAGAACGGUUCUUAACAAAGGGAUUUUGAUUGUAUGUACCUAUAAAAAUAUUUUUCUUCCAUUUAUGAAUACCAGUCGGUAGGAAUCUGACUUUUAAUACUACUGUCUAGAACCAGUCUUUUUUACACUGCAUAAGUAUGAGUACUGCUGCUGAUGCUGAUAUUGCACAAAGCAACAAAGAGAGCAGCUGCUGUAGUUAAAGAAAUCCACCACAUCCUGUUACUGAAUUACCACAAAUGGUAAAAUGUAAAAACUACUUCUUGAGGUAAAGUAGUUCCUAAACAAAUGUGAAAUACAGAUGGAAAAAUGCACUUUAGGGUACAUCCUUGCUUAAAUCUAACAGAAAAAAAAGUUUUUUAAGUGACUGUUGAACAUAGGCUAGAAAAAGCAAUGUCUCUCCUUUCCAUAGUGUAAAACUGCUAAUAAAUUUAGUCACUUCUUCAAAGCAACAUUCUAUGUACUGUACUUACUCUAGUACUCAUGCUGUUUUAUAAGCAUUGAUACUGAUAAUUACAAAAUAAUGUUUAGAUUUAUUUAGAAAUGUCUACCUGUGCUGGUUUCCUAGAAUUCAGGUAGCUCAUCUUAUACUUAAUUAUUAAAAUUGUAGAAAAGUAGAAACUCACCAUUAGUCUAGUUCUGUGAUUUCAUUCAUAUGAAAGAGAAGGAUUUCUUAAGAAUUUGUAAAAUUAAGAAUCCAUAUCUUUUCCAUGCAACAAAUUGCACAAACUGUCUUGACCAUUCAAAAGGGAUGCAUUUUUUUCUUUGUGUAGUCUGUCUUAUUUGUACUUGAGACCUCUGAUCUCUUUAGAUAGCUAUGGUCACUGUGGUAACAGCACGUUUUUUUUUUCAGUCAAUACAACAGUAUGAUGCUCUGUGUUAGAAAAAAAUUUUGUUUCUGGUCUAAUUGAAGCAUGUUGUUUGCCUCAGUAAUACUGUACAAAAUGAUUUUAUUUCUCACAUUGUGUGUACAUUACAAAGCCUAUCCAAAGCUGUUGGAACUGUUUGCGUGAGUCAGUGGGAUUUGUAAGAUUAGAGAUUGUUAGAGGCAAACAUGGACUUCUAUUGACAUUGUUUGUACUUGUAUUUAAACCCAAUUAUGGCAGUUAGUGUAACCCACACUAUGAUUGGUUAUUAACAAAGUCUACUGUUAAGUGUAAACUCAUUCAUUAGGUCAUUACUUGUUUGCUGUACUUCAUGUACAAAUGAUGUAUUCCAUUAAAACUUGAGCUUUAAAAA